AUGUCUAGCCAUCGAAUCCGUCGGAUUGGCAAAGAAAUCGCGGAUAUCCGCGCAGACACCCACUCGCAGAUCAGCAUCGAACCCUUCGGCGAGCAGGAUGAUGUCACUCAUCUCCGCGGCUCUUUUCCAGGUCCUCCUGGAACCCCGUAUGAAGGCGGAUCAUAUGCGGUAGAUGUGAAGAUCCCUACCGAUUACCCCUUCACGCCACCGGUCAUGAAGUUUGAGACCAAAGUAUGGCAUCCGAAUAUCAGCAGUCAGACCGGCGCUAUCUGUCUUGAUACCCUCUCUAGCGCCUGGUCUCCUGUAUUGACUGUCAAGUCUGCUCUUCUCUCCUUGCAACAAUUGCUCAGCACGCCAGAGCCCAAGGAUCCUCAAGAUGCGGAAGUUGCAAAGAUGAUGAUGCGGCAGCCUGCUGAAUUUGCGCGUGUGGCUCGUCAAUGGGCUGUUCGUUAUGCUGGUGCUCCGCCAAAGCCUGAUGAGGACAACCAAGACAUUUCGGCCGGGCAAGAGCCAACCGAAGAAGAUAAUCUCGCUCGGUACAACGGAUACAACAAGGACCUUGUCGACCGCUUUGGCGGUAUGGGAUUCGAGGUCGAACAGGUAGUAGAUGUCUUUGAACGUGUGGGAGUCAAUCAAAAUGGGGGCGACGAUUAUGAUCUAGGACCUGGCCUCAUGGGAGAUAUCACCGCACGGCUACUUGGGGAAUGA